UUUGUUUUGAAACGAUUCUUGAAAAGUGGGUCGAAAUCUUGUCAAAAACAUUUACUAUCGUUGUUUGUUGUUGAAAUAAUUGGUCCGAAUCGGAAAGCCAUUGAACAUGGACUUAUUCACGAAGGAUGAGGACACCGUUCACCGGGAGGCGUUGUGGAAAACAAUAGCGCAUCAUAUUGAAGCUGUUCCGGUUGAACUAAGGAAAGCCUUGGAGGAAAGAAAAAUCGAUCGGCUCAUAAUUCUGCGAAAUCUGGAUGAGCAUGCCAUCGGAAGUCUCCCGUUGGAUGUAGGUCCGAAGAUUUUCCUUGGCUACAUGGUAAAACGCAUCCGAGAAUUAACCAUCCCGUUUUUGAAUGCGGAUUUAAACAGUCGCGUUGGUUCCCAUCGUUCGGUGGAUAUAACACCGAACCAGAAAACCAUGAAGAAGCGAAAGCAUACGCCCACUACUUCUGCGGGAAGCUCGAUGCUCGGCUCGAUGGAAAGUGAAGCCGAUUUUAACGCCAGCGUGUAUCAGAAACGGAUUGCAGUUCUCGUCGCAAAUUUCUUGAACACAAAAUCGCUGCCAGGUCAGGUGAAACCCGGAGAUGUUCAAGUAAUUGUGUCCAAAAAUGAAGCAGAGCCUCCGGUAGCAAAAGUCGUUUGCGUAAAUUGCCGUGCAAUGUUGCCUUGACCGAAGCACGACCUGGCGUGUUCCACCCAACACUAUCUAAUUUCUUCAAACACUACACCAAGUCACAUCCAAAGUAUACUCCUCCGGUCAUGCACAAGGACAUCCGGACAGCUUUUACUCGAACCAAGAAGGAAAAUGUAAGAAAUCAGGAGCAGCAGACAACAGUAACUGAAAGCAGUGCAUCUCACUAUGACCUCUUGGAGUCAGACGUUUCCGACGAAGGCGUUUUGGAGGAGUAUCUAGCCGAGGAAAUCGAACCAGGAAACGAAGCAGUCACUAUCGAGAUUCUGGAUGCUAGCAAAGCUGUCGUUGUUGACUCACAGUUAAAAGUCGCAAGUCGGUCUCGAUCAGAGAAUCGGAAUUGGAUGCUCGUUCGUGAAAUCGAUUCUAAUCAGCCAUUAAUCACAAGCUAUUAUGAGUGCACUCAACGAAUCGUUAAUAUAGCUGAACAACUCCAAACCGAUUCGAGUUCGGGACGGUCGUCUAAUUCUACACCAUGUAUCCUGGAUAUUGAAACGACUUCUAAUAUGGCUUCACCUAGUAUGAAAUCUAAACUCCUUCUGGAGCUCGUAAAUCUCUUUAAUGUCAGCGGGAAAAGGAUCAAAUUUGCAGAUGAGUUUAAGACGUAUUGCACCUACAUGUAUAUUUUAGCAGGACCGAAGGCUUAUAAUACGCUUAAAUCAACAUUGCCGUUAAUUUCGUUGAGAACUGCACAAAAACAUCUACACAAAACUAUUGAUCGAGUUAAAGAAGGGGAAUUGCGAGUUGAGCAGCUGAAGAAAUUUUUGGAACUCACGGAUUCUCCACCUGUUGUUUGGCUAUCCGAGGAUGCAACGAGGAUAGUUUCUAAAUUACAAAUCGAUCCUGCUUCUGGAAAUAUAAUUGGAACUCUUCUACCGAAAGAUGAUGAGACAGGAAUGCCUGUAUUAUUACAGAGAGACCUUGAAAGUGUUUCACAGAUGAAAAAAGAAUUGAACUCCUCCACACUGACCAUCAACGCCGUAGUCACUAUAGCUAGACCCCUGAAAAAAGGUGCCCCACUUUUCUGUUUGAUGGUUGUGGGAUGUGAUAAUAAGUUUACUGCAGCACCAGUAACCAAACGACGCAUAUUCGUAAUAGAGAAACUAAAUUCUGUUGGUAUAUUAGUUCCAGGAAGCUCUUCAGAUGGCGAUUCACGAUAUACAUGUUCUCAAAAACAAUUCUGUGGAAUGUACAAAAAUGUGCAACUAACGAAUGUACCAGCAGACUGGAUCCAUUGGUUCAAUACUCCAUUUGAGAAUGAUUACGGUCACCACUGCAUUCAAGACACUGUGCAUAUCAUGGGCAAGACUCGAAACAAUUUGUUCAACUCAGGAAGUGGUAUAAGAAUAGGAAAUUUCAUCGCAUCUAAAGCACACCUAAGGAUCGUUGUUCAGAAUAUGCCACGCACAAUACAUAAAUUGAAUGUUGGAGACAUUUUGUCGAAUGACAAAAUGAAUUAUUCUUCUAUUACAAAGCUACUAAACCCAAAAAUUGAGGAAUGGGUUCUAACAAAUAUUCCUGGAGGUAGUGGAACUGUGAUGUAUCUUAAAAUAAUGCGAUAUGAUGGCGUUUGCUGUAAUGGCUCUCCGUAUCUGGAAGACUUGUUGUCUGAAAUUCCUUUUGAAACACCCAUCACGAACGAAGAACGGAAUGAUGAUGAAGUCAAUACAUAUGCUGAUGCAGAUGUUGACUUGGAUGAUGAGCACAACUAUUUGGAUCUCGAUUUGGAUCAUUUGGAUAUAACUGUGGCUUCAAACGGUGAUUCCAGCAUGCAUGCCGAGAUGUAUGUACCUUUGGAUGUUGAAGAUGAAUUGCGGCUUAUGCUAGAAAGCGCUAACAACAUUGAAAUUAAACAUCUCAUCAAGGAAAAUGGCAGCAAGCGUAUGGUAGUGCGUGCCCCUCGAGGUGGCAUGCUCAGCGAGUUGCUUCGGUGUAGUGCCAGCAGCAAGCCGACUUCGAAGCUGAUUAACAUGCGAGCGUAG